AUGGCGACCCCUCUCCCCCCCUCAUUCACCAUCCCCGCCACCACCACAGAAACCCGUCGGGACCCUCUUCAACACGGUGAACUGCCGCCACUCCUCGAAGGCGGCCUCACUGCCAAGAACGUCUGGAAGAACCUGGAUUGGAAGCACGUCCUCGCCCUCGGACUCACCCCUCUGAUCGCCUUUUAUGGAAUCUUGACGACCGAGGUCCAGACAAAGACUCUGAUCUGGUCUAUUAUCUAUUACUUUGCCACCGGUCUUGGCAUCACCGCCGGAUACCAUCGUUUGUGGGCUCAUCGUUCAUACAGCGCAGGUCCCGCAAUGUCAUUCAUCCUGGCCCUACUGGGCGCCGGAGCCGUCGAGGGGUCAAUCAAGUGGUGGUCCCGUGGCCACCGCGCCCACCACCGCUGGACCGACACCGAGAAAGACCCUUACUCUGCCCAUCGCGGCCUGUUCUUCUCCCACGUUGGCUGGAUGCUUGUCAAGCGGCCCGGAUGGAAGAUCGGCCACGCCGAUGUCGAUGAUCUCAACAAGAGCAAGCUGGUCGUCUGGCAACACAACAACUACGUCGCCCUCAUCAUCCUUAUGGGCGUCGUCUUCCCUACUGCCGUCGCUGGGUUGGGCUGGGGUGAUUGGCGUGGAGGUUACUUCUUUGCGGCGAUCUUGCGUCUGGUCUUUGUUCACCAUGCCACCUUCUGUGUCAACUCGCUUGCCCACUGGCUCGGUGAGGGUCCCUUUGAUGACCGCCACUCCCCCCGCGAUCAUUUCAUUACGGCUUUCGUGACUCUCGGUGAGGGCUACCACAACUUCCAUCACCAGUUCCCUCAGGAUUACCGUAACGCCAUUCGAUUCUACCAGUACGACCCCACCAAAUGGUUAAUCGCUACCUGCGCCUUCUUCGGCUUCGCCUCCCACCUCAAGACCUUCCCCGAGAACGAAGUCCGCAAGGGUCAGCUCCAAAUGAUCGAGAAGCGCGUCAUGGAGAAAAAGACAAAGCUCCAGUGGGGAACCCCCAUUGCAGAGUUGCCCAUCAUGUCCUUUGAAGAUUUCGAGCACGCCUUCAAGAACGACAACAAGAAGUGGAUUCUGUUGGAGGGUGUUGUGUACGAUGUUGCGGAUUUCAUGGCCGAGCACCCUGGUGGAGAGAAAUAUAUCAAGAUUGGUAUUGGCAAGGAUAUGACGGCGGCUUUCAACGGUGGGAUGUAUGACCACAGCAACGCUGCACGUAACUUGCUUAGCUUGAUGCGUGUGGCUGUAGUCGAGUUUGGAGGUGAGGUCGAGGCUCAGAAGAAGAACCCCUCGGUCCCUGUCUAUGGAGAGCAACACUCCAAGGAAGAGUAA